CCAACGCAGAGCAAGAAAAGCAGAAGAGCAUUAAAGCGGAAGAAGCAGCAGCGGAAUAAUCAACAAAGGCGGCAAACAUGGCGAGAGAAGAAAGUAACCAAGAACUGGAGGUCGACGACUUCACAAUGGGAGUCCUGCAGGCGAGGAGUCACCACUGCGUCGACAAAGUGGUGAAUGACCUGUGCCUGGGACACUACGAGCACGCUCUGAGGCAGAUCAACGAGGAUCUGGACGGCUUACAGAAGCACGAGGAGAUCAUGGCGCUGCUGGAGCUAAAGAACAUCCUUCUGAGACUGAGGCUGAAGGGCGAGGCUCAGCGAACCAUAGGCCCUACUCGCAAAUCUGACGCCCUGCCCCACAAGUUCACACUCGAGAUGCUGGACGUGGUGCAGAAGGUCCUGCGGUGCCGCAAUCACUACGAGGUGCUGCGCAUAUCUCACCAUGCCACCUACUCCGAGGUGAAGCGGGCCUACCAUAAGCUCGCCCUGCGCCUCCAUCCGGACAAGAACAAAUCGCCUGGGGCUGAGCAGGCCUUUCGGCGGAUCAGCGAGGCGGCUGACUGCCUCACGGACUGCCAGAAAAGGAUUGAGUACAACAUAGCAACCGCAGUGGGCGACUGCCACGACCAGGAUCCCUCGCAGUACAAGGAUUAUCGCGGGGAAAGUGAAAUCAAUGAGGAAAAUGUGAACGAUCUGGGAGCCGCUUUCAGAAGGCCUUAUCGGGCGGCUAAUCAGCGGAUGCCCCAGAGGCAGUCCCUCUACCAAACACAGCAACUCGUCAUCGGAGUGGUGGCUGCUCUGGUUUUCCUCUUCGUCACCAUGCACUUCAUCGCAGCCGCUCCUGCUUACAGUUUCACGCUAACCAGAACCCACAGCGCUCGUCGGCUCAGUCAGACGAACCACAUUGCCUACUAUAUGAAUCCGACGACUCUGUCGAAGUACACAGAACAGCAGUUGGCCGAACUGGAAGUAGAAAUCGAGGAGGUUUAUAUCUCGGACCUCAAACAGAAGUGCAGGCAAGAGCGGAGUUGGAGGGAUAUACUGUUUCUCAGGGCGAGGCAGGAAAACAACGACGAGAAGUUGCUCCAGCAUGUCAGCCAGAUGUCCACUCCCGCCUGCCAGGCGUUGCUCCAGCUGGGAAAGUCUGGUCACAGUCCACUGCAGCUGGAGAACGAGUCUUCAAAGCAGGACUUACCACUCUGAUACUCUGUACUUUUCUAUUGAUAGAUGUAGGGAUUAGUGCAGUGUGUAAAUAAAGAGUAGUAUGUAUUGUGAUGUAUGUAGUGAUGUAUUAUAUACAUCACCUAGUUAUC